UAACACCAUCAUUUAUCUUUUAGAGAAAUAUCAAUCUCUCGUUCUAAUCGGUGAGACAGGAUGUGGAAAGAGCACUCAGGUGCCUCAGGUAAUUACUCCCUAAAAGAAUCAAUAAAUAAAAGAAGAUAAUGUAAAAAAAACAGUCUGCUGCCAUGAGUAUCCAAGUGACAUGAAUAGGCAAGACUACUCACCCAAGAUCAAUCAAGAAUUCAAAGCCACUCUUCUAUCUAUCGAGGGCGAGAUAAAUGCGUUAAUUUUUUAUUCCCUAGCAGUUGAUAAUAUUUUUCAAAGAGAUAAGAUCGCAUAUGUUGAGUGUGUUCGAGUAAGAGUGAGAGUAAUGAAAUGGACAAGUUGAUUAAUAUGAACAAGUGUCACAGAGUAUCUGAGGAAAAUAAUUGUUUCAAACACCGAACAAAAAUGGGUUUCGCACACUCGGAAAAACGUCAGUGGCUAACCGCAGUGAUAAUAUAUAUCCUAUUCUGUGCUGUAAUGGAUCGUAGAUUGCAUUAUCGAAUGCAAAAUUAUGGUGUACGAGCGACGAGCAAUGCCAGUGAAGCCAACUAUGUAUCAAGCAUUAUUCCAUGUGACUUAGAUCCACUGUGUGUUGUUACGAUAAAAGGACUUACAUUAGAUUAUAUAAACUUCUAUAUACUUGGCCCAUUGGCUGGACUAACUGAGAAACUAAUGAGAUUGAGCCAGAGCACGUGGGUGUCACCCAAUAUGAUAAGCAUAACUCACGUGUUUGUUGCUAUUGUAGCUGGACAAUUGAUCAGUAGAAAAUCACUGACGCAUCGUAGACUCGGAGUGGUGGCAUUUCAAUAUUUACUGGAGGCAGGGUGGUGUACAGAUGGGAAAAUCGUUGGAAUAACAGAGCCAAGAAGAGUGGCUGCAACAUCUCUCGCCAGUCGAGUUGCUGAUGAACGGGGGUGUAUAUUGGGAACAGACGUUGGUUACUCCAUACGUUUCGAUGACGGCACCGACAGCACCACAAAAAUCAAGUACAUGACUGAGGGAAUUCUCCUGCGAGAGAUGAUGGGCGAUCCCUUGCUAACUAAAUACUCUGUCAUUAUCCUGGAUGAGGUUCACGAGAGAACGUUACUGACUGAUAUAAUCAUGGGGCUGUUGAAGAAAAUUCUAAAGAAACGUAAAAGCUUGAGGAUUAUCGUUUCAUCGGCUACGGUAGAUGCUGAAGAACUUCGGGAUUUUUUCAAUGGAAAUACAAGCAAGGAUGCUGGGAGAGAUACUGCGUGUAUUCUGAGUGUGGAGGGGCGUUUGUAUCCCGUAGAUAUAUUCUACGUGGCGGAACCAGUUCCUGAUUAUGUGAAAGCAGUAGUUGAUACAGCUGUGAAGAUCCACGAGAAUGAGGAGCCCGGGGAUAUUCUGGCAUUUUUAACUGGCAUGGACGAAGUGGACCGAGCGGUAUCACUAUUGCAGGAACAUGGAAAACUCGUUAAAGAAGGAAAACAAAAAAUUAUGCCUCUUGCUAUGUACGGAUCGUUAACCAAUGCGGAGCAAUUGAAAGUAUUUUGGAGAGCCCCGAAAGAUACGAGAAAAAUUGUCGUAGCUACGAAUAUCGCUGAAACAUCCAUUACCAUCUCCAAUAUUGUCUAUGUAAUUGAUUGUGGUUUUGCAAAAAUCCCCUGGUUCGACGUUGAGACCCAAACAAAUAGUCUUAUUGUGGCACCAGUGUCAAAAGCAUCAGCGGAUCAAAGAGCAGGCAGAGCUGGACGAGUUCAAUCGGGAAAAGCCUAUAGACUUUACACGGAAAAAGCGUACGAUGAUUUGAUUGACGCUACACCAUCGCAAAUGCAGAGAUCUGAUCUUGCCCCGGCGAUCCUUCAGUUGAAAGCGCUAGGCAUCGACAAUGUUCUUCGGUUCAAUUUUCCAUCCGUACCGCCGAGUAAAAACCUACUAGCCGGUUUCGAACUGUUGUAUGCUCUGGGAGCUAUUGAUGAUAAUGGAGUAUUGACGAAUCCUGUGGGAAUCACUAUGGCUGAGAUGCCACUGGAGCCAGUAUUCGCUAGGUGUCUAAUUGCUUCAGGAGAAAUGAAUUGUUCAGAGGAAAUCACAACAAUUCUAGCCAUGCUACAAGUCGAAAAUGUCUUAAUCCGGCCGGGUGGAGGACAGGCGUCGAUAAGAGCCCGAAUCGCUCAUCGUAAAUUUGAAGUGGAAGAGGGAGAUUUGUUAACGCUGUUGAAUAUUUACACAGCAUAUGAGAAGAACAAAUCGACCAGCUGGUGUCAGAAGCACUUCUUAAACUCCAAAGCGUUGAAACGUGCCUCGGAAAUCCGAACACAAAUGCGACGUCUGAUAAAAACAUUGAACAUUCCGUUGCAUUCCUGCGAGGGCGACACGACUCGACUCUUGAAAUGCAUAACAACGGGAUUGUUCCCCAAUGCUGCAUAUCUGCAUUAUAGUGGGGUUUACAAAACAUUGAGGGGCAAUCAGGACUUGUAUAUUCAUCCCAACAGCUGUUUAUACACUCUUCAACAGCCGCAAUGGUUACUAUUCUGCGAGAUUCUACAGACUAACAAAAUUUACAUGCGGGAGCUGACGGUCAUAAAAUCAGAGUGGCUGUUGGAAUUGGCCCCUCACUUUUAUCAACGUACGAGUCUGAAUAGUAUCUAAGAUGAAAUUGUACCUUGUGUUAAUUUAAGAAAUUGCAUUAAACAUUGAAAUCGUGUAAAUAAAA